UGUUUACGUCAAACUGUUGAACGAUCCGAAUUCUUGUGAGCGUUGUGAAACUUCUUUAGUUACGUAUAGAGAGAGAGAGAGAGAGAGAGAGAGAGUGAAGUUUCCUUGUUUUUGUUUUUCAGUUUUGGUGAACAUGGCUAGUAGUGUGCAACUGAGGAGAGAGAAUAGCAUGCAGGAGAGUCCUAGGAGUCCUGAGGCAAGGGUCGGGAUGCAGGUGGAGGAUCUGUGGGAUGUUCAGGAACCACAGCUUAGUCCUACCGAGAAGCUCAACGCUUGCUUUGAGAGCAUCCCUGUCUCUGCUUUCCCCCCUGCUCCUCAAGGGAUUGAGAUAAAAUCAGAUGCCAGUCUUGCUGAGGCUGUUCAAAUACUGGCCCAAAACAAGAUUCUUAGCGCACCUGUUGUCGAUGUUGAUGCGCCUGAGGAUGCAACUUGGAUUGACAGAUACAUUGGCAUUGUAGAGUUUGCAGGAAUUGCUGUCUGGAUUUUGCAACAGUCAGAACCACCUUCACCUAGAAGCCCAUCAUCUCCUAGUGGAGCUGAUUUUGCUGUAGCAGCUAAUGGAAUAACCUCUGCUGCGGGACUUGGCACUUUGAGCCCUGAAGAUGCUGCAAUUACUUCUGGAAACUUUUUUGAGGCACUAACUUCCUCUGAGUUUUAUAAGAAGACUAAGGUUCGUGAUAUCUCAGGGUCAUUCCGCUGGGCCCCAUUCCUUGCUUUGCAGAAAUCGAACUCCUUUUUGACCAUGCUGUUACUGCUUUCAAAGUACAAAAUGAAGAGUGUUCCUGUCCUUGAUCUGGGUGAUGGAAAGAUUAACAACAUCAUCACACAGUCGGCUGUCAUUCACAUGUUAGCAGAAUGCACUGGGCUUCACUGGUUUGAAAGCUGGGGCACUAAGAAACUGUCUGAGAUUGGUCUUCCCUCAAUGUCACUGAAGCAAAUUAUCACGGUACAUGAAGAUGAACCAGUGCUUCAGGCAUUUAAGUUAAUGAGGAAAAUGAGAAUUGGAGGCAUUCCUGUUGUCGAACGGGGAGGAAAAAAAGCUGUGGGUAAUAUAAGCCUUAGAGAUAUACAGUUCCUUUUAACUGCACCAGAGAUCUACCACGAUUACAGAUAUAUCACGGCGAAGAACUUCCUAAUAGCAGUUAAAAAGUACUUGGAGAAGCAUGACAAGAGAUCGCCAAUGUUGAGCGGCAUGAUAACUUGCAAGAGAGACAAAACAAUCAAAGAGUUGAUUCAGACACUGGACUUGGAGAAGAUCCAUCGGGUGUAUGUUGUGGAUGAUGAAGGGAAUUUGGAAGGAGUGAUCACGCUUAGAGACAUCAUUUCAAGGUUAGUACACGAGCCCCGGGGCUACUUUGGUGAUUUCUUUGAUGGUGUGUUGCCUCUACCUGAGAACAGCAGGGUUUAAGAGUAACCAAAAUUUGUAUGCUCUGGCUGUUUCCUGUGACUGACUUCCAUUGCUUUGUGAUCCUGCAUUUGUUGUUUGGCGCUGUGUUGGAGAGACUAAUUGGAUAUGCAGAUAGUAACAUAGACGAGCCUCUGUAAUUAAUUUUACUGGUGAGUUCUGUAUCGACAGGUUCCAGUUUCUGUAAAUUUUGGUGUUUUCAGGAACUCCAUCUCGACGAACUUCUGUGUUGCAAUCUAAUAAUAACAAGUCAUCUUCUGGUUUUCUUCUUCAA